CAAUGGUCGUGCCCCUUACUACUUUCACACGGGUGAUAUGGAACAUGUAAAGCAGGGGACAUUUUGGUGAUGGAAGGCGAAGGUAUCUACUUUUUCAAUACUUCAAAAUGAUAAUAAUGGGAAACCUUUGGUGGGAGGCUUUCUUCGUCGACGCUCCGUGCAGUGGCCGCGGCCGUCGCUGACGACGAAUCAUUUUCAAAUUUGGCUCCGUACUCGGCCCGGGGCUGUGUUUGCCUUUUAGCUUUGGCAUGAGUUGUGAUUAUUAGUGUUAUGUAAAACAGCUGUCCCAUAAAACGAUUAAAACAAUAUGGAGGGGUGGAGCUCCGUUGUCGCCUUGGAAUGCAAUGACCGACCCAGUUCCGAGGGGGAGUACAUGCUGGAGCGCGGACCCGAGGGCGAGAGCCGCGAAGCCGCGGCCGGAGAGCAGGGCUGUCCGGGGGAGAGGAUGGAGGACGUGGGCGCCGCCGUGGGUUUCGGUAUGAGCGGGAUAGGGGAGGGCAAAGUGGUGCUGGGUCGAGUCGGGCAGAGGGACGAGAAGGAACUCAGGUACCUGCACCUGCUGUGGGAGCCGGGACGCGGGGAGCUGGGCCCGGGCGGCGUGGCCAACAAGCUGGGGAAGAUGAGCGGGACCAGGGCCAGGCGACACCACCGAGCCGUGCAGAGCCUCGGUCCUAUGGGGAAAGACAUUUAUGCUGCGAAAAGACUGAGGGAAGCGGCCAACAGCAACGAUAUCGACACAGUGAGAAAGAUCCUGCAAGAUGACAUUGACCCCUGUGCGGCAGAUGACAAGGGAAGGACGGCUCUUCAUUUCUCCUCUUGCAACGGCAACGAUAGCAUCGUGCAGUUGCUGCUGAGCUACGGUGCCGAUCCCAACCAGAGAGACAGCCUGGGCAACACGCCUCUCCAUUUGGCGGCCUGUACCAACCAUGUGCCUGUAAUCACAACGUUGCUGAGAGGAGGGGCCCGCGUGGAUGCCCUGGACCGAGCGGGCAGGACACCUCUCCAUCUAGCGCGCUCCAAGCUCAACAUUUUGCAGGAGGGAGACUCACGAAGCUUAGAGACCCUGAGAGGGGAAGUCACACAGAUCAUUCAGAUGCUCAGAGAAUACUUGAACUUGAUGGGUCAGAGUGAAGCUAAAGAGAGGCUGGAGCACAUUUCCACGCAGCUGCAGCACACGCGCACCAGAGAGCAGGUGGAUGAAGUGACAGACUUGCUGGCCAGUUUCACAUCACUCAGUCUACAGAAGCAGAAUUUGGGUGAUAGGUAGAGAAUUAAAUGUAUAUAAGAGAUGAAGCGGCGCUGCUCAUCAGGGUGGCCAGGUCUUUGCUUCUGCGUCCUGGGCCAUAUGAGCAAAAGCCGAGCCCUUAAACUGAGACUGCCUCGCCCACACUUACGGUUUCAGCUCAAGUAUUGCUAUAUUGGACAGUUGCACACCUUGUUAUUUGGUGACAAAGUUGUUUUUAUUUUGGUUCAGAUGAACAGACCUCAAAUAUCCAAGCAAAAUGGUGUUGAUAGAUAUUGUAUCGGUAGGGCAAAAUGCAUUGACAAUGGUGAGCUAGCAGUGAAAACAUUAACCCAGAAGUGGAGCAGCACUAUGGUAUUUUUUUGUGUGCAGCCUUUGAGUCUAAGUGUGCCUGUUGUUGUGUGAACAUGUUCUUUUAUUUCCAUGCCAUUGAUUUAAAAAAAAAAAAAAAGUUCUGUAAUAUGAGGGAAAAAUUAUUUAAUAAUUCUACCUUUUUGUUUUUGUUACUUAAUCGACCAGAUACUUUUAUUCUUGCCUUAUUUUUUUAUUGCAUGUUAUGUUUCUACGUGAUCUGUAUUUUAAAAAUGCUGUGGUUGGUAUGAGUCAAUAAAUCAGUAUCUUUGGCAAUAUGUAUGUAUUAAUCUGUAGCGUAUCUGUCUGUAGCAGUCAUUGCGGAGAGGGAUUACCUGAAUAAUUAGUGACUGUAAAACAUUGAUAUAAGGACAGCCUUUCUCCACACCGAUUGGCUUGUUCCUCAUAGCCCCGCCCCUGCCCUGAAAUGAAUUGUCUGCCGAUAACAAAGAUGGCUGCCGGACCCGCGUAAAUUGAGAGACCCCAUUGAGUUUGACAGGUCAGUAUCCUGCUUUUAAUGUUGUCCAGGACAUCCCAUAGCGAGUGCACGUGCUGAGGAAGAAUAGACCAUGGCGUAUGAAGAAAUAAAGGGUAAAAAAAAUAUGGGAAUGGAGGGAGACAGAGGACUUGUGGCUGGUCGUAGCCAGAGAGAGAAGAGGAGGUCAUAUAAGGAUUUGCUACGAGAGGAGGAGGAAAUUGCUGCGGAGGUACGAAAGACCUCCAAGAAACGACCAAAGGAUUCAGAACUUUUCCUGCUGGGUGGGGACUCGCACAAAAAGAAGAAGAAGCAUAGCGAUGACUACUACUACAGGGAUCACGACAGUUCAGGUCCUCCUCCCCACAAGAAAAAGCAUAAAUCCGCCGACCGCUCGCCGCCUCUUACUUCCCCCUCGUCAUCACACUCGACUGAUACGGCAAUGGGCCUUCUGCAAGCCAUCACCUCUCCCCUGGCCACGGGUUCCGACCCCAGUCCCCACUUGCACAAGAAACCCUCUUACCCCUCCUUCUCGUCGCACUCUUCCAAGGAACGCAAACGCGAGAGUGGCGGCAGCGGAGGGGGGAGCAAAUCCGGCCACUCCUUCUCGCACUCCCGCUCAUUGACUUCCUCGUCGUCUUCCUCCAAGAAGCACUUGUCGUCCUCCUCAAAGUCCUCGCUGUUUCACGGCGGCGCCCCCAAAGAGGAGCCCCUGACGUUACGGGAGGCGGACGGACUGAAAAUGAAGCUCAUCAUGUCGCCGGAGAAGGAGGAGCCGGAGAGUUUCUCGUUCGCGCCCUACUCUUCCAAAGGCGGGACGAAGAAAGAGAAGGACAGGGAGAGGAUGCAGCCGUCGAAGUCGCCCAAGAAGAAGCUGCAGCAGAGCAGAGAGCCGUUGCCCGUAGUGGGGAAGGAGGUGGAGGUAGAAGGUCAUUACGGCGGAGGCAUGGGGGACGACAGCUCCUCUUCAGGCGGAGAACUGGAGGCUGGGGAGCUGGUCAUAGACGACACUUACACGCACUUGUCGAAAAAGAAGAAGAAGAGCAAGAAAAGCAAGAAGAAAAAGGACAAAGAGAAAGACAGAGACAAGGAAAAAAGUGGGAAAGAUAAGAAGCACAGCAAAGGCUUAGGAGACUCGUCAAGAGGCCACGGCCACUCCCACCCGACGGUCACCCACAGCGCCGUGGGCCCCAUGUACGCCAUGAGCAAACCCAUCACUCCACACCACCAGGCCAGCGACGGCACGGCCGAGAAGAAGAAGAAGAAGGAGGACAAGGAGAAGGAGAAGCACGAGAAGGAGAAAGAAAAACCCAAGAAGAAGAACACAACAGCGUAUCAGGUGUUUUGUAAAGAGUACCGGGUCAACAUCAACGCGGAGCAGCCGGGACUCGAUUUUGGUGAGCUAAGCAAGAAGUUAGCAGAGGUGUGGAAGUCCAUGCCUGAGAAGGACAAGCUGGUCUGGAGGCAGAAAGCCCAGUAUCUGCAGCACAAGCAGAACAAGGCCGAGGCCACCACGGUCAAACACAAGCCCCCCGUCGAGAGCAAGAGCAAAGUGGUCGGCGCCGGGAGCGGGAUGGUGUCGCCCAGCAGAGCCCCCAGCGCCGUGUCCCUGUCCCCCGCCAGGGUGCCGGACGUGGACCCCAUCGACGCCGCCGCCCACCUCCAGCUGCUGGGAGAGUCCCUGUCCCUGAUCGGCCACCGGCUGCAGGAGACGGAGGGCAUGGUGGCCGUGUCGGGGAGCUUGUCUGUUCUCCUGGACUCCAUCUUGUGCGCGCUGGGCCCUCUGACCUGCCUCACAGCACAGAUCCCGCAGCUAAACGGAUGUCCCCGAAACGUCCUGUCAAACACCCUGGACAACAUCGCCUACAUCAUGCCCGGGCUCUGAGAAGGAUACGGAGGAAUAACAAGCUAUGGGAACAAUGCUCGGACUUUAACUUAAGCCGCUGCCCCGGCGUUACAAAACUCUCCACAUUUCUUGUAUCGAUUGUGUUUUUAAAUGUGUAUUUUUUUAAAAAGGAAACGGCUGGGGCGAUUUUUUCUACCGGCUGUACUUUGAAGUGGAUGGUUUUAAUAGACAGGUUGAUGCCGGGUUUUUACUGUUACUCUCUGAAGACAACACGCGGGUUCCGUACGGACCUUCCUGAAGGAGCCUGCGUGUUUGUGUCAGCCUCCGACGGGGACUGCCGUUUUUACGUCUGUCCGGGUUUAUUUUUUUAUUCCAAAAUGUAACAUAGACACGUUUUAGCUGUUGUCACUCGCUCCCGGCCGGUGGAAGAGAACAUCUCUCACACCCGCCCGGUUAUUCUUUCACCGUGCUUAAAGAAUUUGUUUGUAGACUUAAAAGUUUUUAGUGGAUUUUUGUUUCAUUUCCCGGGAGGAGACGGGCGGGAACGAUUCCAAUAAUGCACUGUGAGAAGAUGGAAACAUUAAAAUAUCUGUUUGGAGAGCUGCCCCGUGUCCAGAUGUUG